AAUUGAGUGUUGAUUGAGUGUGAAUUACAAUGGUGCACAAGUUUAAAAUUGAAUCAGUGGAUGGACCGGCAAUAAGUCGAUUGAGAUCAAUCACAUCGCAGGUCGUAGCAUGCAUGUCUCCAAAUCUGCUGCUGUUGGACCUGGGCAUGGCCAUCAGCUUCUCAACUAUCGUAGUGCCUGAUCUCCUGAACGCUUCGGAAGACCUUUCUUUAGAUGAACGACAGGCUUCAUGGUUCGGCAGCGUAGCUUUCCUAGCGCAGCCUAUCGGAGCACUUCUCUCCGGGCCCAUGGUGGAUUACUGCGGUCGCAAGAAGGCCAACUUCAUCGCCAACCUGCCUCAUGUGUGCGCGUGGCUCCUCAUGUUCUUCUGCUGGAACCUGCCCACGCUUUUCCUGGCUAAUGUCCUGCUUGGAUUUGGCACUGGAGUCAUGGAAGCGCCAAUCAAUUCCUACGUCGGAGAAGUAAGCGAGCCAACCAUUCGCGGAGCCCUAUGCACUCUCUCGCAGCUGUUCUCGUCCAUCGGUAUGUUCGUGAUGUACUUCCUGGGCACCGUGGUGGACUGGCGCAGGGCCGCCCUCAUCUGCCUCGUCGCACCCGUUCUCUCCAUGCUUUCAAUUCUGUUGGUACCCGACACACCAGUCUGGCUGCUGGUCCAUAAACGUGAGAAGGAAGCCCUCAAGUCACUGUGUUAUCUCCGUGGUUGGACUACACCCGAGAACGUUCGUGAGGAGUUUGAUGACCUUGUCGUCUACUCUAAAACUUUACAGCAAUGCGUUAUCUGCCAACAAACUAAUGAUAAGAUGCCAACUGACUGUGAACAUGACAAAAUGAAUAUUAUUAAGAGGUUAAUACUGAAAUUUAGAUACGUAAUGUUGUGCAAGGAGACUCUCCGACCACUCCUUCUCGUCUUGUUAUACUUCACAUUCCUGGUGAUGAGCGGAUUGGUCCCCACCAGACCAAACAUGGUCAAUGUAUGUGGAGCCCUUGGAAUGGCAGACGAUGGAAAGAAAGUUAUGCUUAUGGUUGGCAUACUUACCCUGAUCACUAGCAUCGUGACGAUUGGGUUCAUCAAAAUCUUCGGCAAACGCAAACUGGCACUUUUCGCUAUGCUCGGCGCUGCCAUGUCCUGCGCAGCGCUCAGCGCCUACGCUAAGAGCAACGUACCAGAUUCCGUCUUCUCCUAUGACAUUGAUACGUUUCCUGACACAAAGAGCUACGUGCCGCUCGUGUUGUUUUAUAUGAUCGCUAUCUUUAACGGGUUUGGAGUACCAUGGGUGCUGCUUGGAGAAGUCUUUCCAUUUAGGAGUCGUGCAACCGCUCAAGGUAUAGCGGCGGCCUUAAACUACGUAGUGACCUUCAUUGCUACUAAAACAUUCAUCGACUUGGAGACAAGCACGCAUCUAUGGGGCACCUAUGCCGUAUAUGCUGCCUUCAGCUUUCUAGGAACUAUAUAUUUAUACUUCUUUUUACCAGAAACAGAGAGAAAGAGUUUGCAGGAAAUUGAAUCAUACUACAAUGGCAAGCUGAAAACAUUCGCCGAUGAUCCCGUCAUUAACCUGUUUAAGAGAUUCAAGAGAUAGUCUUUUGGGUUUCAAAUUAUUUAUUCCAUUGCAGAGAUCAAGACUUAAUGUAAUCGUUGAACCUAACGAGGCUUUAAAGAUUUAUUGGUUCUCUCUCCCGAGCUCAUCUUGAAGCUUGUGCCAGAUAUAUUUAUAUUUUCGAGCAUGUUUAAUAUUUAAGCAUGUAUAGUGACGAUUCCAGAACUAAUUCCACUAACAAAACACGGAUAGAAUGCAAACGAAAGUAAGUUAAACCAAAACCAAUGAUUAUGAAAUAUUCAAGUUGAAAAUUACAGCU